AUGAAUUAUAGAUAAAAUCAACAACAAAAAUAUGGUCAAUAUACACAAUAAUAUAUUCCUUAAUAAUAAUCCAAAUUACUCUCUCAACUUAAUUAGAGCUAAGAAGAUAAAAAUUAAGGUUUGAAAUCUAAACAAUAAAAGGAUUAAAUUUUAAAAUGUGCUCAUCCAGAACACGAAGAAGUUAUUUAGGUGGUUGUACUUGAUCCAAAUUUAAUAAAAAACUAAAGACUUUUAUGUAAAACAUGUUUAGAGAAUUUUGAGACCAAUCAUAAAACUAUUGGAUUAAAAAAAGUAAUGGGAAUGACUGAAGAAAAUUACAUAAAAAAAAAGUAAUAUAGAGAAAUAAUUUUCGAUUUAAAUUUCAAAUAACUUGAAGAGCUGAAACAAAAUUUUAUAAAACUAAAGAGCUAUAUAAACAAAAACUUAGAUGAAAUGAUAGAAAAUACAGAAAUUUGGAUGAAAGAUUUAACUAAUUAUAAAUUAUAAGAUUUUAAUUUUCAUAAUGAAAUAGAUUGGAUAAUUCAAUAUAAUUAAAAAAUUGAAAUAGAGUAAUUAGCUUAAGAAGUUAAUCCUAUAAAUUACAAUCAGAUUAAAAAAUUGAAUAAUAAAUUAGAAUAGUUUUCCUCAUUUAACGAAUAUUCUAAUUGUAAAAAUAUAUUGAAUAAUUUACAACCCAAAAAAAUAUAACAAUAAAAACAAACAGUGAUAUUAGAAGUAGCACAAGGGCAUUAAAAGAAUUAUGAGAUGGAUCGAUUCCAAGGAAAUUAAUAGACAUAUAAGUGA